AUGAGUCUUCAACAACCGGACAUGUAUUACGACAACCAGCCUGCAAGUCGCUCGCCGCAUGCGCAGCGUCAUCAGCCCCAGUUGCAUCGCCAGUCGUCGCGCCAAUUCGACUCGUACGCUCACCUCCCUUCGGGCCUCUACGGCGCCGAAGAGCAGCAACAGCAGCGUUUCGACGCUCCUCGCUAUAAUGACAGAAUGGGCGCCCCUCCCAACAUGCACCAAAACAUGAAUCAAAACAUGAACCAGAACAUGAACCAAAACUAUGGUGGUGGUUACGAUAUGGGUGCUCAAAACUGGAACAGCGCUGCCUUUGGAAACAACACCAUCGGCGCUCUGGGUGCCUCCCAGCGCAGGCGCGGCCCGCAACAGGCCCCGAGAAACGGUCUUCCUUCGGCCUGGCUCGACCAGCCCCAACCCAUGCCUCAAGUCUCCCCAUACCUUGGUCUUGGUGGAGGUGUCAUGGGUGCGCCGUCAAUCAGAUCGGACCAACUUGGCUCUGAGCCCGACGAGGAGCUCAUUCCCACCGCCAUUGUCAUCAAGAACAUUCCGUUCGCUGUCAAGAAAGAGCAAUUGGUUCAGUUGAUGACCGAUAUGGGUCUGCCCCUCCCUUAUGCCUUCAACUACCAUUUCGACAAUGGUGUUUUCCGCGGUCUGGCUUUCGCCAACUUCACCUCGCCCGAUGAAACGGCCGCCGUCAUCGAUGCCAUGAACCACUUUGAGCUCCAGGGCAGGAAGUUGAGAGUCGAGUACAAGAAGAUGCUCCCCGCAGCUGAGCGCGAGAGGAUUGAAAGAGAGAAGCGCGAGCGCCGUGGCCAGCUCGAAGAGCAACACCGUCCCAUGGCCAACCAGACUCUUCAGACCCAGACAUCCAUGUCUUCACUCACUGGACACAUGCCUCCAGCCUCUCCUUCGCCUGUCUUGGCUGGAAACGUUGGACUUGCUGUUGAUCUUAACAACCCCGACACGCUCAAGGUCUACUCGGACCUGCUCAUUUUCAAGGAGGACAAGAACAGAGAUCUGUUCAUCUUUCCCUCAAACUUGAGCCCUCCUCAGAGGCGUGUCAUCCACACCAUUUCCCACCACAUGGGUCUUGCCCACAUCUCAAAGGGACAGGCCGACCAGCGCGCUGUUCACGUCUACAAGGAUGCCCCUCGUCAGAGACUCAGUCCACCAAUGCCUCAGAUUCAGGCCAUCCAGCAAGGUGAGACACAGAGAAGAGGCCUCAACCGCGCUGCGACUACCGACUUCACCGAUGUUCGCAACCAAGAUGCUUUCUAUAACGGAGCUGGUGUUCGCCACCAGCAAUCUGGUUACCUUGCUGGUUUCCAGGACGCCCCUAGCAACCUUGCCGCAGGUCCUAACCUCCGUGCUGCCAAGUCAUUCGCUGACCUGCGCUCUUACACUCCUUCCCCCGUCCCUUCAACCGCCAGUUUCCCUGCCACCCUGGGUAACAACGUCUCUCGUUUUGCCGAAUACGCUCGUGAGAAUGGUGGCACACCUGCCAUCACCCCCACUGGUACUGCCGCUCCCAUUGGUACCCGUGGAGACGAGAACAUGCUCGUUAACGGACUCGGAAACAUGAACAUUGGUGGCCCCGCCGGUUUCGCCAGCAGCCCUCGUGGUCUGCGCGGCAUGAUGUCCUGGGACCGCGAAAGCAACCCAGGACCCAUUGGUGGCCACCGCUCCUUCAGCACUAACAACACCGGCUAUGACGAGCAGCCUCGCGACCGCAACCAGGGCGCACCCUCUCGCCAGCCUCGUGGUCCUAUGCCCGAGCGUGGCUCCGGCUUCCCUCGUCGCAAUGGACACAUGGCUCGCGGCAGCGAUGAACUGUCCCAACAAUCCGGUGUCGAAAUCACUGUCGAGUAG